GUGUGUGUGUGCGCGUGUGUGUGUAAUUGACUGCGUGUGUGUGUGCGUGCGUGUGUGUGUCUGUGUGUGUGUGUGUGUGUGUGUGUGUGUGUAGGGACCCCUGCAGAUGGGAUUCUGUUCCCGGGGGACCAGGUGCUGCAGAUUAACGACACGGUGCUGGAAGAGCUGAGUGGGGAGCAGGUGGAGAACAUCCUAAGGAAUCUGGAGGAUUCUGUUACCAUGACAAUUUUGCGGCACAUGACAAAUCCAAAGUCAUCCAUCAUGUCGGCGGAGAAGAGGGCGCGCCUGAGGAACAAUCCUGUCAAAGUGCGCUUCGCCGAGGAGGUCGUGGUGAACGGACUCACUCAGGGAAACUCGCUCCUCUUCCUGCCCAACGUGCUGAAGGUCUACCUGGAGAACGGACAGACCAAGGCCUUCAAGUUUGACAACACCACCACCGUCAAGGACAUCAUCCUGACCCUGAAGGAUAAGCUGUCCCUGCGAGCCAUCGAGUACUUCGCCCUGGUGCUGGAGCAACAGUACAGCAUCACCAAGCUGCUGCUACUGCAGGAGGACGAGCUCAUACAGAAGGUGGUGCAGAAGAAGGACUCCCACGACUACCGCUGUCUGUUCCGGGUGUCCUUCAUCCCCAGGGACCCGUCGGACCUGCUGCAGGACGACCCGUCCGCCUUCGAGUACCUCUUCCAUCAGAGUGUCGGGGACGUGCUGCAGGAGCGCUUCGCAGUGGAGAUGAAGUGCAACACUGCACUGCGCCUGGCCGCCCUGCACAUGCACGAGAGGCUGGCCAGCUGCGGGCAGACGCGCACCUCCAUCAAGAGCAUCACGAAGGAGUUUGGGCUGGACAGCUUCAUCUCCCCCACGCUGCUCAGCAACAUGAGGGAGAAGGACCUGAGGAAGGCCAUCGGCUACCACAUGAAGAAGAUCCAGGCGCUGCUAGAGCCGCGGCAGAAGGUUAUACCGUCCCCACAGGCCCGGCUGGCCUACCUCACCCAGCUGGGAGAGCUCAUUUCCUACGGAGGGCGGUCUUACACGGCGACCAUGAUGCUCCAAGACAGGGAGGCGCUGGUCAGUCUACUGGUGGGGGCCAAGUACGGCAUGAGCCAGGUCAUCAACCACAAGCUGCACAUGAUCUCCACGCUGGUGGAGUUCAGCAGCAUCAGCCGGGUGGAGCUGCUGUCCGAGUCGGACAAAGUCAGCCUGCUGCGCAUCUCCCUGCACGACAUGAAGCCAUUUGCCUUACUCAUGGACUCUUUGGCCGCAAAAGACCUAGCAUGUCUGCUGGGAGGCUACUGCAGGCUCCUGGUGGAACCCACUGUCAAUGUCUUCCGUCCGGGGCGCCCCAAAGUGCGGGUGCACCGGAUCCCUGCAGAGGAAGGUGUGUGUGGGAGGUUCGCCGUUAUAGAGGGCGUGUGCUAUGAGUCCCUAUCAAGUUACGUGUCCCGCUGCUGCAGCGACUCGGACGACUCUUCGGACGAGGACUACCCGAUGGAGGGGCAGGGCGGCCAGCCGCGGGACCCAGCAAGCCAGGACUGGGAGGAGAGGAGGAGGGCGGAGGAGCAGAAGAGGAGAGAGGAGGAGAGGAAGGAGCGGGAGGCCAACGACGGCAAACAGGAAGUGAGGAUCAUAGUGACGUCGGAGAGUAGGCAGGAAGGAGAGCAGGAGGAAGGCGCCACGGGCAGCGGCGCCGGCCUCCCCGGCGACCCGGACGAGGAGACGGGCCAGGAGUCGCCGUGGUACCACACCGACCCGCGGGUCACCAGCAGCUUCUCCAGCCUGUCCAGCGGCUCCAUCAGCACCGCCCUGGAGGAGAGCGGCUCCGGAGCCAGACCCCCGUCCCGCCUGGAGGCCCUCCGCAGCCAGCGGGCCGGCGAGGGGCUGGCCACCCUGGACGUCCACCACCCCUACAUCCUGGACCCCCAGCGGCCCCCAGCGGAGGGUCAGGACCCCGCCCGGGCCCUGAGACCCACCAACCUCAAUUACCGUGGCAACGACAACGCCUGCCUGUGCUUUGCCGACCUCUCCAAGGGGGACUUCCUGUCCAGUCCGUCGGGCGCCACCACCGACGACGACGACGAUGAGGACGACGAGGACGAGGACGACGAAGACGAGGCAGCGGGGCAGCUCAGGCGUAUCUCGAGGAUCCCCAGCUGUAAGGAUCUCCGGAUGAUCGACAACAUCCCGUUCGAGAAGCCGCUGAGUAGCAAAACGAAAAAGAAAAUGCCGCCCAGAGUCCCAGUGAGGACCAGUUCAAUCCCGGGCAAUAAACCAGACCUCAAGCCAGCGGAGCAUCGUCUGUCUGCGACCGAGGAGGGACUCUUCCUCACUCCGUCACCCAAUCCUAAACCAGCACUGGGGGGCAAAGAGGUCUCAGAGUCUGAGGAUGAGUUCUUCGAUGCACAAGAGAGAAUUACCCCCCCAGUUCCAGACCUUUCAGAAUCAGAAAUGGCUGACAGGAAGAAUGCGAAUCGGCUGAGUGGGACCUGGAACGGCUCUGUGCCGCUGAAAGAACCUUCUUCAUCAAACAGCAAGAGGCCUGCAUCCUCUAAGAGCAAAUCAGGAGGAAUGAUCCAUAAAACCCCACCAGAAACACUUCCCAAACAGCCGGCUUCACAGAGGUCAUCGCAGAAAGCCGAAGCCAAGGUCAAACCCCCGCUGGCACCCAAGCCCCAGCUUCUGCCCAAACCCCAAAACGUCCCCCCCAGGUCUCCUCAACAUGGCCGCUCUUACGCCCAAUGCAACGGGGAGGCCUCUGGCCGUCACUCCUCAGAGCUCCUUGAGAUGGAGCCGGAAACAAUGGAGUUUAAGUCGGUCACCUCUGGAGGCCUGCCCCUCUCCUCGCCGCUGGUUACUGCAGUGCGGCGCAGCCAGCAGACGCAUCCGAUCCCCUCUAAUCCGACCCAACCGAGAGGCAAAACGCAAGAGAACGGCGUCAAACUAGACAACCGGCCAACACUGGAUAACCAGCAGAUGCAGGGGAAUAAAUCGAGUGUCGUUUCAAAUGACAACAUUAACGUAGCUGAUGUGAAUGGAACAUCUAAAGUCGAAGGGAAGAGCAAUGGGCAUGGCCCGUCCAGGGAUACGCAGGCACUUGUGAAAGGUGGCGAUCAUCCGGCCAAGAAGAGGCAACCCCCCUUGCCGCCAAUAUUGUUCUCUAACUUUAAGCAGCCUCCUCCAGUGUCCCCUAAACCCAUGUCCCCCAUUGAUCGCGACCGGUGCCCUCUCUCCCUCCCAGCCAGCACUCCUGUCUCCCCAAGUGAUCCGAUGAAAGUCUUCAAGGAUGGCCUCACCCCUCCCAACGGCAUCCACCCUUGGAGUAGCCGCAACGGCAGCGUCCAGUCAGGACCCAGGAGGGUCUCCCUGAGCCAUGAGAGCCUGUCGCCCAAGAACGCAGACGCCCCUCUGAGCCUCACCACCUCCCUCACCUCGUCCUCCUCCAAGGGGAUGGGGGUGAUGGAAGGCAGGGAACCAGGGAGGUCCGGGUCGGGGUCCGACCUGAGGACCAGCUCCUCCAGCCUGGGAGGCCGGCUGCCCGCGUCCGCCCUGAGGGGCAGGAUCCAAGCCCUGCCCUGGUACAUGACCCGUUCCCAGGAGAUCCUGGGCACUCUGGACUAUCCCUCCACCACAUCCAUCAACGGGGACACGUCGGGCUUCGGCUCCGGGCUGUCGGUGGCCAGCGGGGCGUCGGACCUGAACAAGACCCCCGUCAAGGACAAGGACGCCGCGGCUCCGAAGACCACCGGGAAGGGUAAGGACCUGGAGGAAGGGGCGGAGGUUGUCAUAGCAACCAUCAAAGAGGCCCAACAGGUGACCUCGCUCAUGAGGAGGGCCAGCGAGACCAACGGGUCGCACUCGAACCUGAGCCUCAAGGACAACGGUUCCCACGGCGACGGCGUUUCCUCAGAGCAGCCCCAGUCGCGGCCCCACUCGGGGGUAGGGUUAGGGGGCGUGCCCAGUAUCCCCAUCGGGGGGGACUCUCCGUCCUCGUCAGUGGCCGAGGGAACCCCCCCGCAGCCGUCCAAAGAGGCCUGCGGCUGCCGCACCGUCUACGCCAACUGCUUCAGCGGCGACGCCGAGGAGGGCGUGGGCUUCGACGAGGAACUCACUAUUUACGAGUUCUCCCGUCGAACGCGGCCCAAGCCGCCGCGACCGCCCGUGGUCCCGUCGCCGACCUCCACCUCUCCCUCGCCCAACCCGACCAUUUUGUCCCUGCUCAAGGACAACCCGCGGCCGCUCUCCACCUUCUCCACCGCCUCCGUUGAGCUCAGCCCCCUGGUCUCAAACCCGGCCUCCCCCACGCACGGAUUCAGCGGUCCCCUUCGCUCCCUGUCCAACAAGCGCUACGGUGGACUGAAGGGCGGGUUCGCCUCGCUGCGUCAAGAUAUCGACCAACUUCUACUGGUGUUAGAUAGGGGGACGGUGGACUGGGCACAGCAGGUACCAAGCACGGAUCCAACCCAGGACAAGACAGCCAGGCAAGCCGGCUCUGAGGGCGACGACAUCCCAUCACUGCUCCCGAAAUGUCCUGGACAGGGCACCGCUUUCAUGAGCGAGGCGGAACGAAGUCUCCUCCAGGCCGAGGCGCGGAGGUUAGCGACCGGCUGCCAGCGAGCCACGCGCGUGGGCUGGGCGCCUGAUGAGGCGCUGCGGUCCUUAUCCAACAGCUUCAGCGCGCUGGUCCAGCUGUCUGCGGCCUGCCUGCGGGCUCACCCCUGCCCGGGCUGCGAGGUCUGCCACAACGGGGGCUUUUCCGAAGACAUGGAGGACGAAGGCGAGGAGACCUUGGACAAGCUGAAGGAGAUAGUGGGUCUCUACCGGGAGUUUGUCGGCGAUGUGGAGACCGCCGGGACCAGCGUUGGGGUGGGAGCACGGAGCGGUCUCACCGGGACCGGUCUGGGACAGGGGGACGGCGAGGGGGUGAGGCUACUGGCUAAACGUUGCACGGUUCUCAUCUCGUCUGUUUUCGCCCUCACACAACUCUUCCGCACACGCUCACCAGACACCUCAGAGGCUCCUAGCCAUGCACCUCUGAACUUCUGACCUCCGAACUUUGAACUCUUCCCUGUGGACUGUAAAGGCCGGAAUAAACAGAAAGUGACAAGAAGAAAGGGCUGAAUGAAUCGACUGCUAUUUAGCACAGAGAUCUGGUUUGGGAUUUCCAUGUUAUUGUACAGUAAGUGCCAUGCACAUAGAAAUCUCACACACAUAAACACACGCACACACAAACACACCUACACCAUCUCUAAAACACACAAACACAAACACACACACAGCUCCCAACUGAAAAGAGGAACUUCCAUUGAUUGUCCUCUUCUCGGACUGAUAAGGACUAUGCAUUUGUAAAUAUGAAUUUUAUAACUAUCUUACAACUCUCUUAUUUUAUGAUACAAUAUGUGUAUGUAUGUAAGUAUGAAUUACCCACGUAUGUAUUUAUGUAUUUAUUUUUAGAGAUAUUUGUACAAUGAUCUGUAAGGUUUCUCUUGAUGUCAUUAAUAUGUUUUAUUUUUCCUUGUUCAUGUGUCAUGCAUCAAAACAUGGAAUUUUCUACCUCCCUUCCUAUUGGCUACAGUCGGUUUAGGAACAGAAACAGUAUUAUUUUGUGUUUUGCUUUAAGUGUUCCUCACCUCCACUUAAAGGCGGAUUCGUUAAUAAGUUUUGGUAUUUUGUACAUUACAGGGAAAAUACAACGUAUUAUGGCGUACCAGUUUCAAAACCGAAUAUCUCAACCCUUUUGGUUUGUACACAAAUAAUGGUGCCACCUUUUAAAACAUUUAUUUAUACUUUUUAAAAGAUUUGCCAAUUAUCAUAAAUCUAUACCGUGACGUGGUAUAGCACUUUUGUUACAGAUUGCACCUUUUUUAGAGAGCCUUCACUUUAUUUUUGUCCUACUACCGGCUCCUGACUGACUUGUGAGCGAAUGCCUCUGAAUACGUCCCUCAAAACGGUGUAUGCAGUAAAAUACAAGUAGGCAUUGAUUCAUCCAAAGGACUACUACUCUAUUUUUUCAGUGUGGGAUGUGUGCAUGGGCCAGUGAGAGGUUAACACCGCGAGGAGCUUAUUAAUGUUUUUUUGUAAAAAAAAUCAAGAGGUUACAGGCGAAAAUAUGUUCUCGUCAAGGCACAAAGCUGACUGUUAAACUUAACCUAGAUGUAGCAAAUAUCCAAAGUCUUAAAACACUGAGCCACAAACGUUUUGCUUGACAAUUUCGCAACAUCUGAGUGCACACUCAUUAGAUAACACAACGAUCAAGUGAUUGACUGCUUUAUGUUGGAGUCAGACCUGUAUACAUAUAUUUAUGGACACACUGUAUGUUUAGAUCCUAGUCCGCUCAUCCUUAGUUUAUGGCUAUGCAAACAUAAGCAACCUUCCCCCUGAAUAUAAUUUAAAUGUUUUUGUUGUGUUUUAAUUAAACAAAGAAAACAGCAUCUUCGUUAUGUUUGUCUCUGAUGCUAUGGAGACCUCUGUUUGGAAUGAUUGUCUUGGUCUUGGUUCUAGUACUAACUGCAUUACAGAUUGCAACGUUAUGCAAAGUUGCAUGGCAUUAAUGAUUUUUAAUAACGACUUCUGUCUAUUUUGUCUGUGAAACUGUCAGUAAAAGAGUGAUAUUG